AUGCGCACGAGACAUGAUGCUGAUCCAGCUCUCAUUGAACAGCCUCCUACAGCCGCAGCCACAACUGACCACGACCACGAACGCGACAAUGCGCUUGCCUUGCUCCAGAAUCAGCAAUCCAACCAGUUGGACCAACGCGCGGAUGACAGCGACGUCACUUCCCAUGAGCUGCCCGAUCUCAAUGUCAGCUUGCCUCCACAAGAUGACGACAACGACAAUGCACUCGAAGAGCUGCUGGACCUGAAUGAGUCACCUCAGGAUGACGACGGCGAUGACAACGUCAAAGGGAUGCCAACCCUUGAUGACAGGUCACUCCCUCAAGGUAACGACAAGAACUCGCCUAGCUGUGCAGUUCAGAUGCAACCGGUCUACCAGCCUGAACUUGGCAUCUAUGGAACCGGGACGUAUCUGAUGACUUCGCAAGCCGAAGAUACCUGCACCAGUCCUCAAGAAGACAACGACAAGUUCUGUGUUCCAGAUCUCAAUUUGUAG